AUCACAUUUAUAUCCCUGCCUUAAUCCACUACUCAACUCCUGCUUUAGACCAUGUACAACACCUCUCCACUACAUCCUCACAGCCUCUCUCCCUUCUCCCAUAUGAAUCAGAUCCAACGAGCUCUUCUCCUCUGCGCAUCAAUUCAUCGACUUCACCGCAUCGUCCACACGCCAUCGUCAAAUUCAUCCCAAGCCAUCACCGUUGUUGGCUCCGCGGCAGGCCGCCGCGUGUCAGACAUAUGGCGCCGGAGUUGUGGCGGUGAUGGUGGUGCUGAAAUUGACACUGGUAGCAAUUUUGAUAAGGCAGUGAUGGUGACCAAAGUGGCAACCGCGACUAUGACGAUGGGGUGGCGGCAAGUCGGCAACAUCGGAGAACAGUGACGGUGGUGGCAGAUGGCGAUGCUGGUGGGCCUGCCAAGGAUGGAGACGCCGGUGGGAGGCUGCGGCGAGGCGGAUGGCCAGAGGCAGGCUGCGCAUGCUAGGGGUGGUUUUCCAUUUGCGGCUACCCAAAAUUUCGACUCACAAGCCUCGUGCUUCGUGCACCGUGCAAUACCUCCUAAAUCAUUAAAUGAAAUAUUAUAACAGGGGUGUUUUUGUCCAUUAAAGCUAUUUUUAGUCCUAUGAAACUCUACUUUCGUAAGCAGUCCUAUAUGUGCAAUAAAGUUUGCAAUAAGUCCGAUUUGAGUCAUUAACUCUAAAAUUAAAUAGAGCCAACAUCUAUUAAGAUAACAAUUGGGAAAACUGGAGUAUGAGCAUACAUUGGUUUGUGUGUGUAGGAGAAGUUAAUUUCCUAUGGUCACACAUAUGGCCUACAUACACGAUUGAAUAUACACAAUCAAUAAACCUUAUGAGUUGGGGCUAAGAAGCUUACUGGGAAAAGGGUAUUGCGUACUGGAAGAGAACUUGUGCCAAUUUGUGAACACAUAUUUAC